AUGUCGAGAUUGAUGAAGAUCAUGAGCGUGAGGAGGGCCUCCAACAUCAUUUCAGUUCGCUCGAAGCUUGCAUGGCUAGCGUGCGAUUGGAACAGGAAGGAGCUGAGGCUGUACCAUGACGAUGGCCGCCUGCUGAGCGCUGGAAUGAAGACGAUUCAUGCAAGGCAGCGCUCAGACAAGUCUCUCCUCAAGGUUGAGAUCAUCGGUGCCAAGGAGCUGACAUCCACAAAAGUAUGGAACCAGUGCAACCCGCAGUGCAUCCUUGCCAUGGGCAAAACGGAGGCGUCGACAAGCGAGAUAUGGUCUGAAAGUGCUCCUUUGUGGGGCGAAGAGUUCUACUUCCAGAUCAAUCCGUCAGCGACGUUGGAGAUACAGGUGCUCUCCAAGCAGACUUUCUUCACAGAGUACCUAGGACGCGUCAGGAUCCCCGUGAGCUCAAUCUUCUCUGGAUUGGAGAGAGCUGCGAUGCUGGGCAUGAAGAACUGGGAGGUCUACUUCGUCCUCCUCAGCAACGAGUGGUCCUCCGAACCCUACAAGCCCGGUAGCCACCUCCCAUGGUUCGAGGACGGGGCUCCGAGCAUGGACCGCAGCAUGGAGCAGGAGGCGGAGGGGUCCUCUGCUGAGGAUAGCCCCUUCGGAAUGAUCCGAGGGAGGCUGUUUGUGACCUUCAGCCUCGUGGAACGUGGAGAGCCGGGUAGGAUCGAGCAGUUUGAGUGCGCGAGGAAGGACGUGGCGGAGGACGCAGGAAAGGCUAAGGGCAAGACGAACAAGUCGGGAACGAUAAGGGUGAUCCCUCAGCCCAAGACCAACACUGAGAGUGCCUGCAUGAUCAAAGCAAACAUGAGGGCAAAGGAAGAGAAAUGGCAGGAAUCGCAAGGAGUCUUCCGCAUCCUAGCCUUGGAUGGGGGAGGAGUGCGAGGAGUGUUCUCGGCUGCCCUCCUCGCAAGACUGUGUGCCAUCCAUCCUCAGCUUCUGGACGAGGUGGACGUGAUCUGCGGGACCUCUACAGGAGGGCUCAUCGCACUCCUCCUCGGUCUCGGCUACACAGCAGAGGAGGUCACCUGUAUCUACCAGUAUCAUCUCCCCACCAUCUUCUCGACCAACCCGGCGAGGAGGUAUUCGCCCUUCUGCUCCUCCUACAGGAAGGAGAACCUCUCCAAGGUGAUCGAGAUCUACUGCGAGGACAAGUGCUUCCGCGACCUCCAGCGCCACCUCGUCAUCACCAGCUUCAUGGUGGACAGUAGCAAGUCCUCUCCUCCUCCCCAGCUCAACAACCACCUCGACCCUGCCAUCGAGCACGCCUGGGGCUCGAGCGACGGCAGCUGGCAUCCGGCAGUCUUCAGCAACAUCCCUCAGACGGUCAAGGGCACCAGGGCCCCGGACCUCGACCUUCCCGUCCUCCAGGCCGGGCUCAGGACGACAGCUGCCCCGACGCUCUUCCCCUUGCACGACGGCUACACGGACGGCGCGGUGUACGCCAACAACCCCUCGCUAGUGGGGCUGGCCAAGAUCAAGGCACACUUUCCUCGCAUCAAGUCCAGAGACUUCCGCAUCCUCUCCGUUGGGACAGGACGCUUUCCCUACCGUGCUGAGGUCCCUGGGGAUGGCAACGCGGACUGGGGGAUCCGACAGUGGGCUCCGCACCUGCUGGACAUGCUCAACGACGCCUCCUCUGUGAACGUGGACAUGAACAUGCGGCUUAUCCUCGGGCAGAACUACCAUCGGCUCGACCCUCGCCUGCCAUGGCGCAUCUCCAUCGACAACCUAGACGCCAUCGAGGAACUGGUGCUCCUGGCGCGGCAGGCGGACCUGACGGGGGUGAGCGACUUUAUCAGGGAUCGCUGGCUCAAUCCUUCGCCUCCUCCGAUCGUGUGA